CAUGCUUUUGGUAUCGCCUAAAACCGUAGCGUUGUGCAUCUCCCCACUCAUCUCUUGUUUUGUAGACCGUAGUUGUGCAUCUCGCUACUCUGGCUGAUUUACUGAAGUUAGGUACCUGUUGCUAUUCAUUAAAAACGGAAAUAUUGGAAUCUUAAGAGAAAUUCAUCGUUCCUUAUGCUUGAGUCGUAAGAGAGAUCGUAAAUUGUUUGGAGUAAAGAAUAUAUUAUGGAGAGACAGAAGCGCAGGAAACAUAAGUCAAUAAUCAUCGAUAUUACGGAUUCUGAGGAUGAUACAGAAUCCGUAGUGAUUUUGAAUGAUCCAGAUUAUGAAAUUGAUGAAAAACCACGUAGAAAAACUAAAGAGGUAAAACGAAAAAUCAAACAACAAGAUGUGCCAAGUGACGUAAUUUGUGAAGAUAUGAAAAAGAAUACGAAAAACAGAAAGAGAGCAAAGAAUGAAACAGACAGUACCAGAGAACGUAAAAAAAUAAAGUUAGCUAAAGAAUCGAUAAAGGAACCCUGUGUGCCUGAAACCAUUUUACCAGAGAUAAAUUUAGAGGAUAAUUUAUUAACUGCAACUAAUCAAAGUCAUUCCUCUCAAUUAAAACAAUUCGUUGAAUGCAGAGAUUGGACAGAUGCAGAGUACAUAAGUGAUACUCAUAACAUUGACAUUCAUGUUGCAACAUCCUUAGUCAAAUUAUUCAAAGAUGAUAAUACUAUUCCUUUUAUUGCAAGAUAUAGAAAAGAGAUGACGCAAGGAAUGGAACCAGAAAAGUUAAGAAUGAUUAAAGACAGUUAUGAUCGUGCUAUUGCAAUAAAGAGUCGAGCUACGAAGAUUAUUAAUGCUAUUGACAAAUUAGGAAAAUGGACUCCUGAAAUUCAUGCAGUUGUUAUAGGUGCUAGAUCUCUUCAUGAAUUAGAUGAUAUAUAUUCUUUAUACAAAACUAAUUCAAAACGUUCUCUGGCUGAGCGAGCCAGAGAUGUAGGACUAGGACCUAUUGCUGAUUCUGUUUUAAAUGGUUUACCAAUAGCUCCUUUGUCGUCCAUGAUUAAUUCUGAUCAAGAAGGUUUAGACACUGAACAGCAUAUUAAGAAUGGCAUUGUACAUAUAAUUGCAGAUAUAAUUAAUAAGGAUAAAACUACAUUUACUAAGAUCAGGGAUUUACGUAAAACCGUAUUUGUCAAGAUAGAAACUACUCAAGCAAAGAAUGUACAACAGUCAAGUAAAUCAUUAACUAAAGAUAAUGUUGAUAUAAAAAAAUAUGAAUUGUAUUUCAACUUCACAUCAAUGGAAAAGUGUAUUAAGCCUCAUCAGAUUUUAGCUAUUAACAGAGGAGAGUCACAAAAGAUUUUAUCAGUAAAAAUGACUAUACCUGAUUAUUUUGAACAGGAGUUAAGGAGACAUUGCUUUGCACACUUUAGCACUGCGUUUAACGCAUCAGAUUUUCAUCGUCAACUUCUAGAGGCAAGUUUUAAAGAUGCCUACAAGAGAUUGAUUAAACCUUUAGUCGUACGCAGAGUACGACUCGAAAUGAACAAGAGAGCAGAAGAAGCAUCUAUUGAAGUCUUUGCAAGUAAUUUAAAAGAUCUUCUACUUAUGCCCCCAGUUCGUGGGAAAACUAUUCUUAGCAUAGAUCCAGGCUUUCGUCAUGGAUGCAAAAUUGCUGUAGUAUCUGAAAAUGGGAAGGUAUUGGACACUGCAACCAUAUUUCCUAACAAUCAACCAAGAAAUAAUAAACAGGAAGCAACGAAAAUCCUUGCUAAUCUAGUGCUUAAGCAUAAAACUACACUUAUAGCGUUAGGCAAUGCUACAGCCUGUAGAGAGACUGAGAUGUUCUUAACUAAUUUAAUUCAAUCUGGAGUUUUUAAUCCUGUGGAUGUUUCUUAUACGAUCGUAAAUGAAGCUGGUGCUUCUAUAUACAGUUGUAGUCCAGAGGCCAAAUCAGAGUUUCCAGAUCUGGACCCAAAUUUGAUAUCCGCAGUUUCUAUAGCCAGGAGACUUCAAGAUCCUCUGGCUGAAUUAAUCAAAGUUGAUCCAAAACAUCUUGGCAUUGGAAUGUAUCAACAUGAUCUUCCAGAGAAGCAGCUACAACUCACUCUCAAUCAAGUUAUCUCAGAAACUGUGAGUUUCGUUGGAGUUGAUAUUAAUACAGCAUCUCGAAGCCUUCUGAAGCGUGUUGCCGGUUUAAACGUGUCCAAAGCUGAAAGUAUAAUACAACGAAGAAAUGAAAUUGGUGUAUUUAGAAACAGAAAGCAACUUUUGAAAGUAAAAGGUAUUAGUCACAAGUCAUUUGAACAAUGCGCUGGUUUCAUAAGGAUCAUACCAGAGACUGCUAACAGUAAAUUAAAGGAUGCUAACGAUUCUUUAAAUUAUUUGGAUCAAACGUGGAUUCAUCCGGAAUCAUACGAAUUAACAAAUAAUAUUCUGAAGGACAGUAAGUGCGACAUAAAGAAUCUGGGUACUCAGAAGUUUAUAGAUCAAAUAAAUGUGUAUGCAAAACAGGGAUAUACUAUAUUAGCAAAGAAAUUCCACACAACUGAAGCAACAAUAGAAAUCAUUAUCAAGGGUUUAACGAUGAAGAAAGGCGAGGAUAUCAGAAUAAAGGGUGAACCACCAGUGUUUAAAAAAAACUUAAGGAGCAUCGAUGACUUGAGUAUUGGUGUUAAGCUAAGUGGUUGUGUACGAAACAUAACACACUUUGGUGUCUUUGUAGAUAUCGGCGUAGAAACUAAUGGCCUGAUAUACGAUAAAUAUCUCAGAAAUCAAAUUUUGAAUUUGGGCCAACGUGUUGACGUUCGAGUGAUAUCUAUUGAAAGAAGUCGUAACAGGAUAGGUCUGGAGUUGAUUAUCACACACCGUCAACGUCUGUAUUACGUGUCUCAAGUGCAUCUGCCCAUAUCACCAAAAAUUGAUCUUGUGUGAAGAAGAGUCCUUGUGCUCGUUUGUACUCUACGAAGUGCCAUCUGUACCGGAAGUGGUUUGCAUGCAGCGAAUGACCCUCUGCCCCGGAAAUGAUGUCAGCGGAAGAGCGUCGCUCGAUACUUUGAAGAGCGAGUCUAUAGGAAAUAGCGUGGAAGAAAGGAGAGAGUAUAAUGUUCAUACGAAGGAGUGAAGAGAAAUGGAGAGGCCGAUGGCCUCAAGAUACAUUGCCCGACUACGUCGUUCACGAGGCGUGCCAUCCUCCGGAGUUUCGAUACCAAAAAGAUACAAGGCACCCUCUUUAAUACCGAGACAAGAUACGGGCGAACAAACCACGGCUGACCUUUUCCGAUAGCCGAUAACGCGGCUAUCGGACUCUUUUAAUGUGCUACCGACAAUAAUUAGUACUUAGAUAAGAGUGGCUGGCGUAGCGGCACCAUUAAAUACAUUUAUAAUAGGUGCAUGAAAAUCUAUGAUAUCUUUAUUGACUUUUUUUAUAAGUAUUUAUGUCACAUCAGUAUUACUAAAAUUAGUAGUAUCAUUAAAAUUCGAUAAAUAUUAUUUUAUGAGUGAUCGUUAAUGCACUUUAAAUACUAGUAUAUACCAUAAUAAAGGAUUUUAUAAAGAUUAUAAUUAUGCACUUAUGCACCGCACGCAACUGAAUGGUCUUAUACAAUCUCAAGCUGAUCGGCUGGAAAUUAAGCAGUGGCCGAACGUGUACAGAGCUAUUCAAAAAUUGUAUUCAUUUCGGUUAGUACGUAACGUAUCCCUGCAUUUAUUAUUUCUCUGUCUGUCAUGCGUCCGAUUAAAAUAGGCUUUCAUUUCAAUUUCAAUGGAAUUGUGAGGACCGUUGAAGAGCUCAUCAAAUUUCAAGUGGACAUUGUGCAUGUAUUUUGACGUUGGUUCUUUAGGGUCACGUGAUCCCUUGCAUUUCUGUCAUUGAUACCAAUGUCCGUUGGAUCUAUAGAUCAUUAUCGAACUUUGAAUCUAUAAUUAUUCGAUCAAUUUAAAUCAUGCAAGAACUCUUUGAAUCUAUCAAAGCUUCGUUGAUCCCCUUCAAGGCUUUUACAUAUAUUUAAAUAAUGAAAGAAGCAGUAUGAUGCACUACGAGUCUGCGUUACUCCUGCUGUGUGUUGCUACUCGAAUGUCGAGGCAGGGCGUAGAGAAAUGAGUCAUAACAUAACCUAAGAGAGAUCGAUACGAUUCAUUCACCCUAUGAAAUAAUUCACGUGCCAGUGGCGCUCACGGUUGCAAUUGCAACAUCGCCGUACAUUUAUGUGGCGAACCGCAGCCGAUUUGACGCGAUCCAAUUAACACGAAGAAAAGAAAUGUAAGUCGCGGAAAAUGACAUUCGGUGACUUCGAUUUUACAGAGCGAACGAGUUUCCUCAGAGUGAUCGAUACGAAGGAAAAUUGGACGGUGGCGAAUCUCAUGAAAAAUCCUAGAUCGCAAUUGCCUUGGAGAUAAAUGUGAAUUAUCUCGUAUGAUUCUUUUUGAUGGGUUCGGGAGAAUCACGAGGACUCGUGGUAAUAAUGAAAUUCCAACGAUUGGCGUCGAGACGUCGCGACGCUCCCGUCCGUCUACGUUGUCUCGACGCGACCUUGCGGCUUUAGCGAUGCCUUGCAGGAUAAAUGGAAUUUUUUAAAAAUAAAUUGCACCAAAUAAAAAUAACGUAUUCCAGGUAAAAUUGAAUUAACGUAAAAGCAUGUUAAAACAAUUUACAAAACAUUUAAUAAUCGUCAGAUAUGAA